AUGCAGCAGGAGGCCGGAUCGGAGGUGAGAUGUUGCAAUGAAAAUGCAUUGGAGCAGCAACAGGUCCAGUGUCCUCUCCAAGCCCAGCAACCCAGCACCAAGACUCCAAUUACACCCAGCCGGCUCCAUGUCAAUUUCACUGUCUCCAGAGCAGCCACCGGUCACGUGACACAACACAGGAUGCCGGACCCGGGCUCCAAGCGGAUGUCAUUGCCAUGCACACCCCUGGGCGGCAGUGGAAGAAUCAGUGUUGCACGGAGAAGCUUCACCGUGACACCUUUACUCCUUCCAAAAGUGAGUCAGGCUUCCAUCCCACUGUCCGUCAAUCAGCAUGGUCCACGUAUUAAUCCUCUACACCCACCCGGGGUGAAGAGACGCACGGUCAGUCUAGAAACCUUUGCAGCUCACCACCAUAAUCAACAAAGGGCUCUGGUAAUGCGACAGAAGGAGUAUAACAGGUAUCAUCAGGGCUGGCAACGCCCAUUUUAUGGUUCUGUGGCUGAGAAGGAGGAGUAUAGGUGCGAGAUCAGGCAGCUACUAAAGUGGCAGAUGAAUCAGCAGUGGGAGGCACAGCGUUACGCCCUGUUUAAGCGUGUCAAAGAAGGAGAAGAAGCACGAGAAGCAGAAAGACAGGCUGUUCUUCAGGACCUUGAAAAGCAAAGUGCACGUUCUCGUUUCCUUCAAGCAUUUCGGGAUGAAAACAAGAAGCUGAUGGAAAUGCAGUGGAAGGAGAAAAGGUUAGCAAAAUCCAUGGAUUCACUACGAGAGCGUGAACUGCUGCAAUACAAUCCCAUCAACUGGAGUGGUACACUAAAAUAGAUUUUGAAUCUUUAAAGCUAUCUACAUUUCUCAUGGAUGU